UCCCGGCGCGGACGUGCGCGCUUCCUCAGGACGCCGAGCUCCUGGGCGCUUGCUGGCUCCCCAUCCCCGAGCCUGCCGAGGAGAAGCGUGUCUUCUUCCUGCGUGACGGACCCGCCGCUGUGUCCUGCUGGUGCCACUCGGGUUGGAGCGACGACGGGGCUGCGGAGAGCCGGGGGUCCACCCCUGGAGAGGAAGCUCUCCCCUUCCCUCCAUCUCUCGAGACUAGAGCGCUCUCCCGUAGGGAAGGAAGGAGAUGCCGGCCACACAGAAGCCGAUGAGAUACGGGCACACGGAAGGACACACGGAUGUCUGCUUUGAUGAUUCUGGAAGUUGUAUUGUGACUUGUGGAAGUGAUGGUGACGUGAGGAUUUGGGAAGACUUGGAUGAUGAUGAUCCUAAGUCCAUUAAUGUUGGAGAAAAGGCUUAUUCAUGUGCUUUGAAGAAUGGAAAAUUGGUCACUGCAGUUUCUAACAAUACUGUUCAAGUCCACACGUUUCCUGACGGAGUUCCAGAUGGCAUAUUGACACGCUUCACUACAAAUGCAAACCAUGUGGUCUUUAGUCCAGAUGGUGCUAACGUUGCUGCUGGGUCAAGUGAUUUUCUCAUCAAGAUUGUGGAAGUGAUGGAUAACAGCCAACAGAAAACAUUUCGAGGACAUGAUGCCCCUGUUUUAAGUCUUUCUUUUGAUCCUCAGAAUAUCUUUUUGGCAUCUGCUAGUUGUGACGGAUCUGUCAGAGUGUGGCACAUUUCAGAUCAGACCUGUGCUAUGAGUUGGCCACUACUACAAAAAUGCAGUGAUGUGGUAAAUGCAAAGUCCAUCUGCAGACUUGCCUGGCAGCCUAAAAAUGGGAAGUUAUUAGCAGUUCCUGUGGAAAAAUCUGUAAAGUUGUACAGAAGAGAAACUUGGAAUAACGCCUUUGACCUUUCAGAUAGUUUCAUCUCUCAGACCCUCAACAUAGUAACGUGGUCUUCCUGUGGACAAUAUUUAGCUGCAGGUAGCAUUAAUGGUUCAAUUAUAGUUUGGAAUGUGGAAACCAAAGAAUGCAUGGAAAGGGUGAAACACGAGAAAGGUUACUCCAUUUGUGGCCUGGCAUGGCAUCCUACUUGUAGUCGAAUAUGCUACACUGAUGGAGAAGGAAACCUUGGACUUCUGGAAAAUGUCUGCGGCUCCAAUGAAAAGAUGUCAAAUAGUAAGGUGCCUAGCAGAGUGGAAAAGGAUUACAAUGAUCUUUUUGAUGGAGAUGAUGCAAGUAAUGGUGGAGAUUUUCUACAUGACAAUGCGCUUGAGAUCCCUGCUUUUUCCAAAGGGCUGAUGCAUGAUGAUGAGGAUGAUGACGGUCUCAUGCUUGCUUCAGGUCGUCCUAGACAGCGCAGCCACAUCCUAGAAGAUGAUGAAAACCCAGUUGAUGUGUCGAUGCUGAAAACUGAUCUUCUCAGAGAAGAGGAAGAUGAUCCAGCAACUAAUACUCACAGUCUGCCUCUUGCAAAAUCUCAAAGGCCAUUGUAUGAUGGGCCCAUGCCAACUCCUCGACAAAAGGCAUUCCAGUCGAGUUCUACACCUGUACAUCUCACUCACAGAUUCAUGGUGUGGAACUCUAUUGGAAUUAUUCGCUGUUACAAUGAUGAGCAAGACAAUGCCAUAGAUGUGGAAUUCCACGAUACCUCCAUACACCACGCAACACACUUAUCAAACACUUUGAAUUACACAGUGGCAACUCUUUCCCACGAAGCUAUUUUGCUGGCAUGUCAAAGCACUGAUGAACUACCAAGCAAACUUCACUGCCUACACUUCAGCUCUUGGGAUUCCAGCAAAGAGUGGCUGGUAGAUAUGCCUCAGGAUGAAGAUAUUGAAGCCAUAUGUCUUGGUCAGGGGUGGGCUGCCGCCGCCACCAGUGCCUUACUCCUUCGGCUCUUCUCUAUUGGAGGUGUUCAGAAAGAGGUCUUCUGUCUUCCUGGACCUGUAGUGUCAAUGGCGGGACAUGGAGAACAGCUUCUUAUUGUUUAUCACAGAGGUACAGGAUUUGAUGGAGAUCAGUGCCUUGGAGUUCAACUGCUAGAGCUGGGACAAAAGAAAAAACAAAUUUUGCAUGGUGACCCUCUUCCUCUUACAAGGAAAUCCUACCUUACAUGGGUUGGGUUUUCAGCUGAAGGUACUCCCUGUUAUGUGGAUUCAGAAGGCUGUGUUCGAAUGCUUAACAGAGGGCUUGGUAACACAUGGACUCCUAUAUGUAACACAAGAGAGCACUGCAAAGGAAAAUCUGAUCACUACUGGGUGGUUGGUAUCCAUGAAAAUCCCCAGCAACUAAGGUGUAUCCCAUGUAAAGGUUCUCGCUUUCCUCCCACCCUCCCACGGCCUGCUGUAGCUAUAUUAUCCUUUAAGCUUCCUUACUGUCAGAUUGCAACAGAGAAAGGACAAAUGGAGGAACAGUUUUGGCGUUCAGUUAUAUUUCACAACUACCUUGAUUACUUAGCUAAAAAUGGCUAUGAAUAUGAAGAAAGCACAAAAAAUCAAGCAAUAAAAGAGCAGCAGGAACUUUUAAUGAAAAUGCUUGCGCUUUCUUGUAAAUUGGAGCGAGAAUUUCGCUGCGUGGAGCUUGCUGAUCUAAUGACUCAAAAUGCUGUGAAUUUAGCCAUUAAAUAUGCUUCUCGCUCUCGGAAAUUGAUACUGGCCCAGAAACUUAGUGAGCUAGCUGCUGAGAAGGCAGCUGAAUUGGCAGCAACCCAAACAGAAGAGGAGGAGGAGGAAGAGGAUUUCAGAAAAAAGUUGAAUGCUGGAAGAACUGCUGCAGAGUGGAGUCAGCCAAGGCCCAGAGGUCAAGCUGAGGAAGAUGCGGAGGACGGACAGGAGGCGGAUGACUCUGAAGACAGACCAGCGCUACACAAACAUGGGCAGAACUCAUCACAAAGUACAAAUUCUUCUGACAUGCCAGCUGUUAAGUCAGGUGCAGUUACCUCUAGCAGCCAAGGACGAGUAAAUCCCUUUAAGGUACUAGUGAAUUCCAAAGAACCAGCAGUGUCGGUGAAUUCAGCUCGCUCAGCUAAUAUUUUAGACAGUAUGAACAAGUCAUCCAGGAAAUCCACUUCACUUAAUCGAGCAGCAAAUACUGAAAAAUCUACAGUCAUAAAGCCUCUGAUUCCCAAGCCAAAGUCUAAGCAGGCAUCUGCAACAUCCUAUUUCCAGAAAAGAACUUCUCAGACUGAUAAAACUGAGCAAGUCAAAGAAGAAAAUCCUGAAAAUACAUCAUCUGAAACCCCAGCUCUGUGUCCUCAAAACUCUGACAACCAAAGGCCAAAGACUGGGUUCCAGAUGUGGCUGGAAGAAAAUAGAAGCAGUAUUUUGUCUGAAAACCCUGACUUUUCAGAUGAAGCAGACAUAAUAAAAGAAGGAAUGAUUCGAUUUAGAGUAUUAUCACCUGAAGAAAGGAAGGCGUGGACUAACAAGGCCAAAGGAGAAACUGCUAGUGAUGGAGCUGAAGCAAAGAAGCGAAAACAUGUGGAUGAAAGUGUAGAAACUGAAGAGCAGAAGGAAGCAGCAAAGGAGAACCUGAGGUUGCCCAAAAAGACAAAGGCUUCAGGUCUUUCCACUAACCAGAAGUUGGCGGCUUUUGCAUUUAACCAGGAAUAAAGGAAAAAAGAGAUCUUAGGAAAACAAUGGGUUUUUGCUCAUCUUUUUGAUCAACCUGGAUUUAUUUUCUUCUCUAGGAAAUACAUUGUAAUGUAUGCAUUUUAACGAGUUUAAAGGCAUCUGCUCACCUCGGAAGGGUGCUUGCUUAGUACGUACAGGGUCCUGGGCCUUAUCUUUAGCACCACAAAAAGUAAAAAAAGUAAAGCUAAUGUAAUAGUGAUAUUAGUGUCAGAAACAGCGUGUGCAAAAGCUAUCACCUUUGCAAAUGACGGCCUAGAGCAGAAGCAUUGUGAUUGUGAUUCCUGACUAGAGACCACCAUCAUGUCACACUGGAAGCCAUUUUUGUUUCUUAACUUAAGAAAAAAAUCAUUAAAAUCCAGGGUGUUAAAACCUGCGCACUUUGCAGUGCCUUGAAAGCGUUGCCUUUGUUUUGUUUAUGUCACGUGUUAGAAGUACCAGGGUCAUCGCCUUCCUGAGUUACUGUAGCCUGCUCUCUGUGUCUCUGUGUGCUGGACCUCAGGGACCAUGGUUUUUAAUAUGAGCCCUGACAUGUAAAUGAUCUUCUAAAUGAGGUAUUUUAUACUGCAUGCUUUGGAAUUUUUUAUGUGUGGUUUUCAGUUAUGUUUGUACAGCUUGGGUUGUUUUUUAGGUAAAUAAAACUUUCUCAUUUCUGUA